AUGGUAUCGGGACAAACCAUCGGCGGAACUACCGAGAAAACCCACCGCCUUCGGUGGUGGCGCGUGCACGAUAAUGGCGGCGUUUCAUCUACUCUGUCUUUUCUGUUGGGGUCGUUUAUGGUGUUGAGUUCAAUUGGAUUUUUGUAUACAUAUAUGGUGUAUAAGAACCCAAUCGUGAAUAACAACUCACUGGGUUGUGAAGAAGACAGUGAGGGCUCGUGGGGAAUUGGAGUCUUCUAUGGGGAUUCACCGUUUUCGCUUAAACCCAUCGAAGCCAUGAAUAUUUGGGAGAACACGAGUGCAGCAUGGCCCGUUGCUAAUCCGAUUGUGACCUGUGGAUCGGUUACUGAUUCUGGGUUUCCAAGUAAUUUCGUUGCCGACCCUUUUCUGUAUGUUGAGGGAGAUACUCUGUUCCUGUUCUUCGAGACCAAGAACUCGAUCACCAUGCAAGGAGAUAUCGGAGUUGCAAGGAGCAUAGACAAUGGAGCAUCAUGGGAACAAAUGGGAAUCGCAUUAGAUGAAGAUUGGCAUCUUUCGUAUCCAUACGUAUUCGAUUAUGAUGGUCAGAUUUACAUGAUGCCCGAAGGUAGUAAAAAGGGAGAUCUUCGCCUUUAUCGAGCAGUUGAGUUUCCGCUGAAGUGGAAACUCGAAAAGAUCAUCUUGAAACGGCCUCUUAUCGAUUCGUUCAUUAUGAAAUAUGAAUCAAGAUAUUGGCUUUUUGGUUCGGAUCAUAGCCGGAUUGGUACGAAAAAGAACGGCGAGCUUGAACUUUGGUAUAGCAACACGCCUCUUGGUCCGUGGAAACCGCAUAAGAAAAACCCGGUUUACAACACCGACAAGAACUCAGGAGCCAGAAACGGAGGUAGACCCUUUGUUUACAAUGGGAAUGUGUAUCGGUUAGGUCAAGAUGAUGGUGAAACUUAUGGUAAACGAGUUCGUGUGUUCAAGAUUGAAGUUCUUACCCCUUAUAAGUUCCGAGAAACUGAAGUUGAUUUGGGGUUUGAGAAGCCGACGAAAGGUAGAAAUGCUUGGAAUGGGGCUCGGUCACAUCAUCUCGACGUGCAACAACUAAGGUCUGGACAGUGGAUUGCGGUUUCGGAUGGUGAUCGUACCCCAUCUGGGGACUUGUCACGCCGGUAUAUCGUUGGGUGUGUUUUGAUCGUCGCUGCUGGUUCACUUGUUUUCCUAAUGGGCAUGCUGCUUGGGUUCGUGAGGUGCAUUGUUCCGCUUAGUUGGUGCCCACAUAAUAUAAAGAAGAGAAGUGACGCCUUUUUGGUUUGGGAGAGAUCGAACUUGUUGUCGUCUAAGCUACGGCAGUACUGUAGCCGGUUGAAUCGGCUGAGUUCUGUUCUUCGGUGCAAGAUGAACCCAAAAACGAGCCUUGGUCGGUUUGCAUUUGUGGUCAUCUUGAUGGGUUCGAUCGUGCUAAUGUGUGUCGGAAUAGGAUACAUAUUUGGUGGAAGCGGUGGUCGAGAACCAUAUGUCGUUGACAACCAUUACUCUCAGUUUACGUUGCUAGCGAUGACUUACGAUGCCCGAUUGUGGAACUUGAAAUGGUACGUACAACAUUACUCUCAAUGUCCGUCGGUCCGUGAAAUUGUCGUGAUCUGGAACAAAGGGACGCCUCCGGAUCCAACCGAGUUCCACUCAGCCGUCCCGGUGAGAAUCCGUGUCGAGGAAAAGAACUCGUUGAACAACCGGUUCAAAAUCGAUCCGUUGAUUAAAACCAAGGCCGUUCUCGAGCUAGACGACGACAUCAUGAUGAGUUGUGACUACAUCGAGCGUGGAUUCAAGGUGUGGCGGGAGAAUCCCGAGCGGCUGGUCGGCUUUUAUCCACGGCUCGUUAACGGGCCAGGACCGUUGAAGUACCGAGCGGAGAAACACGCCCGUAAAUGGAAUGGGUAUAACAUGAUACUGACGGGUGCGGCAUUCAUGGAUCACCGAAUGGCGUUUAGUAGGUAUUGGGGCGAGGAAGCAAAGGCGGGGAGGAAAGUGGUGGACGAGUUGUUCAACUGCGAGGAUGUGUUGAUGAACUUCUUGUAUGCAAACGCGACUUCUUGGGGGCCGAGCGUCGAGUAUGUGAGGCCCGCUUGGGCUUUCGAUACAUCAAAGUUGUCGGGUGUGGCGAUUAGCGAAAAUACGCAAUCGCAUUAUGAGUUGCGAAGCAAAUGCUUAGAGAAGUUUACGGAGUUGUACGGAGGGUUAUCUGAUAGAAAGGUGGAAUUCAAGAGGAGGAAGGAUGGGUGGGAUCUAUAACACACAACAGCGUGCAAGGUUAAGGUUUGGGUUUGGGUUUGGGUUUGGGUUUGGGUUUGGAGUUUGCGAGAAAUGUGAAUUAAUUAUUAAUUAAUUAAUUAAGAAAAGUUUGAGGUUGGGGUAGUUUGGUAAUAUAGAUAGAGAGGAGUCAGUCUUUGUUUAAUGAAAUCAUUUAUUUAUACU